GCUCCCCUCCGCGCCGCCGCUGCCGCCGCUCCCUCCCUCGCCCCGAUGGUGUCGGCGGCGCCAUGAGCCGCCCGUCCUCCGCCGGCCCCGGCGCUAACAAGCCCUGCGGCAAGCAGCAGCAGCACGCCCCGUCUCCCGCGGGCCCCGCCGCUGUCCUGCCCGGCCCCGGCGGGGCCUCUCCGCCACCCCCCCCGCCGCCGCCUCCUCCCCCGCCGCCGCAGCAGCAGCAGCAGCAUCACGAACUGACCUCUCUCUUCGAGUGCCCCGUCUGCUUCGACUAUGUGCUGCCGCCCAUCCUGCAGUGUCAGGCCGGGCACCUGGUCUGCAAUCAAUGCCGGCAGAAGCUGAGCCUCUGCCCCACUUGCCGGGGCUCCCUCACCCCCAGCAUCAGGAACCUGGCCAUGGAGAAGGUGGCCUCGGCGGUGCUCUUCCCCUGCAAGUACGCCACAACGGGCUGCUCCCUGACACUCCACCACACAGAAAAGCCAGAACACGAAGACAUCUGCGAGUAUCGUCCCUACUCCUGCCCGUGUCCUGGUGCCUCCUGCAAGUGGCAGGGAUCCUUGGAAGCCGUGAUGUCCCACCUCAUGCAUGCCCACAAAAGCAUUACCACCCUUCAGGGAGAAGACAUCGUUUUCCUAGCCACAGACAUUAACCUUCCCGGAGCGGUGGACUGGGUGAUGAUGCAGUCCUGCUUUGGCCACCACUUCAUGCUGGUGCUGGAGAAACAAGAGAAGUACGAAGGCCACCAGCAGUUUUUUGCCAUCGUGCUGCUCAUCGGCACCCGCAAGCAGGCGGAGAACUUUGCCUACAGACUGGAGCUGAACGGGAACCGCCGGCGGCUGACGUGGGAGGCGACGCCGCGCUCCAUCCACGACGGGGUCUCCGCUGCCAUCCGCAACAGCGACUGCUUGGCCUUCGACACCGCCAUCGCCCACCUCUUCGCUGACAACGGCAACCUGGGCAUCAACGUCACCAUUUCUACCUGCUGUCCGUGACCUGCCUGCCUGUGGGCUGUCUGGACAUACAGCUUUACAUUCACCAAGGGUUUUCUUUUUGUUCUCUUUUUGUUUUUCUUUUUAAAUGAUCUCCGGCUAUGUCAUCACGUGUAGCUAAGGUUCCUAACUAGCCAACAUUUUUAACUUUGGAGAGAAGAGGAACAAGACUGUCCUGUAAGUAAAAUGGGUGAGAAAAGGCUUUUUAAAAAUUCUUGGGUGCCUUAGGAAGAUUCCCACACAGUCACCUUUUUUUUAAAAUUUAAUUGUAUUUUAUUUAAAGAGUGCUUCCAUUAGACAUGUGUCUUAAGAGACUUGAAGAACUGCAUUCCUCUUUGGAGUGCACAUAAAAGCCCUUUCAGCAGGAACACAGACUUACUCUUUCACUGGUGAACUUCAGUAACAGUUUUUAGGAGGUGGGAAAGAAAUCCAAGCAACCUCUUACAAGAGAAGUUGUGGCUCGAAGGGGAACAACAGGUACUUCAGUGUUGCUACUCCAUUUCCUGCUACCCUAGUAAAAAGGGAUGGGCAUUGGAUCA